UGUGUUUUGAGGAAAGAAAGCACAGAUGGUCGCCUUCCCCCUGGAUUUAUUAGCUUAAAAUUAUAUGUAUGUAGCCUAAUUUUAAUGAUAAGUGACUGUGUGCGUUCAUCUUUCGUCUGUUUGAAUAAGAGACGCCAAGAACCGAAGAGUUAAUCAUUAGUAGUCUCUAGUAUAUGAGCAAUUAAAAACGGCUACGAUGCUAAGUUAGCUUACAAAACGGUUUCAGUUCAACUUAAACUGUUAGCGCACAGUUUAGAAAAUUAUUAUGUAGUACGGAAUGGCUAUGCCUUAAUGUUACGAUGUACAAUAUUAGUAUUUAUUUUCCCUAUCUGGUUCGUUAAGUCUGGUUUAUAAGCUACCCUUUGUUUCCAGUCGCACCGCUGUAUUGAUUGAUUGUAAUUGAUUGUUGGUGGAGAAGAGAAAGAUGGAUGAAAGUGCCGACAAUGUUGACAACGACGACAUCGUCAUUAUCGUGGAGAACGAGGCAGAAAGUUUGCCAGCCGAGGAGGAGAGACUGAAACAGCAAGGCACCUUCGGGCUCAUGGAUACUUGUCCCAUCUGCAAGUUGAGCUUCCACAACAGAGAGCCCAAACUACUGCCGUGUCUUCACUCUUUCUGCAAGAGGUGUCUCCCUGCCCCCUUCAGGAGCGCCGAGCCAAGGCGUGACUCUCAAGGCCAGGUCGACAACAACAAAUCAUUGGGUGCCAUCCGAUGUCCAGUAUGCAGACAGGAAUGCUGGGAGAUGGACAUGUUGGACAAUUUCUUUGUCAAAGACUCUGCUGAGGUGCCGAGCAGCACGGUGGAGAAAACCAGUCAGGUGUGCAUGAGCUGCGAUGACAACACAGAGGCAACAGGUUACUGCGUGGAGUGUGUGGAGUUUCUGUGUGUGACAUGCAUUGAGGCGCACCAAAGGGUCAAGUUCACCAGGGAUCACACCAUACGCCAGAAAGAGGAGAUGUCUCCAGAAGCAGUAGGAUUAUCCACACAGAAGCCUGUGUUCUGUGACAUCCACAAGCAGGAGCCACUGAAGCUGUUCUGUGAGACGUGUGACCGACUUACCUGUCGGGACUGUCAGCUCCUAAAACACAAGGAUCACAACUACCAGUUUUUGGAGGAUGCGUACAGGAAUCACAAGCAGUAUCUGGAGAACAUGACGCAGCAGUUGCAGGAAAAAAGAAAGGCCAUCGAGGACGUGUCGGGCUGUAUCACCACUGGGCUCCAACAAGUUGAAGAAAAUCGAAAGUCGGUCACUAAUGAAAUAAAGAAGUCCAUCUGUAAUCUGAUUAUGGAGAUCAACAGGAAGGGGAAAAUUCUGGUCAACCAGCUGGAGGCUCUGACUAAGGACCAUGAGCUGGGUUUGAAAAAGCAGCAAGAGGACGUGAACUCUCUGAGCAGGCACCUGGACCAUGUGAUCAGUUUCACCAAGUGGGCCACAGCCAGCCACAGUGGAACAGCCCUGCUGUACUGCAAGAGACUGAUCCUUUUUCAGAUCCAUUACCUGAUGAGGGCAAGCUGUAAUCCCUCCAUCGUCCCUCAGAGUUCGGUGCGCUUUCAGUGUCGUUCGGGUUUCUGGGCCACAAAUGUAGACCUUGGUUCCUUGGUUGUGGAAAGGGCUCCGGGCCGGCCGCCCAUCACCAACCACCAGGCGGGCCCCAGGCUGGAGGCCCCCACCGGGGCUCUCUCAGUCUCUCAGGCUCAGCAGCGACAGAGCACGCUGGCUCAGCUCCAGAUGCAGACAUCUCGUAUUCCUCUGUCCAAGGUGGACAAGCUUUCCCAGCAGCCCCAAAGACAGCCCCCUCCUAACCACUGGUCCUGGUACCAAAAUGUCAGGCUCCCAGGACCCCCUGGUCCUCCGCCCCCAACCAGACCCAUCCAUGGAGGGUCCUCCCCCUCCCAAGGCCCCCCCAGCAUGGGGCAGCCAGGACGCAGAUAUGGAAGCUCUCACCCCAACCCUCGAAGUCCCACAUCAUCCAUGAUUCACAACACAGGAUACCCAGCCGCUCAGUCUCUGAGAGAUCUGAUCCAUAACUCCAGCUUCCCUCCUAAACCCAUGGAUGUGUUGCAGGGUAUGUCCCGCUACCCCCAGCCUCUGUCUGCCGGAGCAGCCACGCAGACGUCACUACAUCAGCGGGGCCUAGCGGAGUCCUCCUUCCUGAAGAGGAGCGAGGCCAGUGGAUCUGUCCCCUCCAUCACCAUCUCUGUUCCCAAACCAAGCUUUCCUUCAAGUCUGGCUUCAGCAACUGCAGACAAAACAAGCACGUUUAAUCACAUAGCAGUUCAAGCAAGACAGAGCUCCCCAAUGGCCAAACCAUCUUCUUCAGACAGAAGCACUGGGACGACUUCAUGGAGGCAGACUUCUGAGCCUCCGUCUGCCCCCUCAGCCAAGCGACGGAGGAGGUCGUCCCCAGGACCAGUCAUCGUUAUCAAGGACGAACCAGAGGACGAGGAUGAAGUUCGAUUUGUGCAGUCCAGUCUGCCAGACAGCAGCACCAGCGCUCAGUCAAAGCCCCGGCCGCAGCUAAAGGUGUCCGUCCAAGUCCAAGUCCCUGGAUCAGAGUCUAAGAAAGAGCAGCGCCCGCAGCCCGCGGCACAGCCGGAGUCUGAGAAGAGAGCGGAGCCGGAGGAAGAUCCUAACGAGGACUGGUGCGCCGUGUGUCAGAAUGGAGGGGAGCUGCUCUGCUGCGACAAGUGUCCCAAAGUCUUUCACCUGACCUGCCACAUUCCUGCUCUGAACGAGUCCCCUAGUGGGGAGUGGUUCUGUUCACUCUGCCGAGACGUCUCCUCUCCUGAGAUGGAGUACGACUGUAACAGCAGGGAAGACCCCGUCUCUGAAGGAUUCCCACUUGUUGACAGAAGGAGGUGUGAGAGGCUGCUACUACGUCUGUUCUGCAAUGACUUCAGCACUGACUUCCAGCAGGCUGCCUCUCCAUCAGAGACAAGAAGGUACAAAGAGCUGAUCAAGACCCCGAUGGAUCUGUCAAUAGUCAAGAAGAAACUGGAGUCGAAGUCGCAGGAAGGUGAAUGUUACAAUGAUCCAGAGGGGUUUGUCGCAGACAUCCGGCUCAUAUUUUUCAACUGCGCAAAGUACUACAAGGCGACCUCGGAAGUGGGGAGCGCAGGCUUGUACUUGGAAGACUACUUUGAGGAGCAGCUGAAACUAGUCUACCCAGAUAGAGUCUUCCCCGGAGGGAGAGAGGAGCAGAUGAUCCCUCCCCUGGAGGACGAGAUAGAUGAAGAGGAGGAGGAGCAGAUGAUGGAGGAAGGCAUGGCUCCUAUUGAAGACGAUAAACCACAAAGUCCUGCAGGAGAAGGGAUCCCUCCUGUGGAAGAGGACCUGCCUCCCCUGGAAGAAGCCGGGGCAGCUGAGGAGGAGAAGUGUGAAACGGAGGAGAAGGCGAUAGAUACGAGUGACAAGGGGACGGAUGAAAAGGCAGCAGGUGUGGAAGGAGACAUGCCUCCUGUAGAGGAGACCAAGCAGGACGAGGAGAGUCCUGUGGAGGAGGCGGGAGGUUCUCCGGCUGCAGAUAGCGAAACAAAAGACAAAGUAGCUUCCAGCUCUCCAAAAGAGGAGAUCCCUGAGCUCCCUACAGACACAAAUGUGGAUCCCCCUGAAAGCCAGGAGAAGGAGUCGGCUCCUGCAGACACAGCCAAAGAGGAGGACGGAUAGAUGGAUUACAACCCAGAGAAAAGAUUCCAGUCUUCCACGAUCCGGCCCCAGUGGGGACCAACAUUUGCUGCAUUUUUUUUGUAACAUGUUAUAUUUGCAAUAGGAAUAAAAGAGGGCACUGCUUUACUAAAUAGACUUAUUUAGUAGCGGUGAUGCUGUAGAUGCACAUUGAAAGGAGUAAAUAAGCUUUUUUUGUGUUUUUUUGCUGGACAAUAGUUACAAUUUUACUGUAACACAAUUUAUUUUCUGUGAUGACGGCAUUGGCAAGCACAUUAAAUACUCAUACUCUUUGUUGAUAGGAUUAUGUGUAAGUUAUCAUCAACAUAAGAAAAAAAAGAUUUUAGAUCACGCAUGCAAGAUGUAGAUAAAUAGUAAUGCCUUCAUUUUAGUGUUUAUAGAUUUUGGCUAACUUGAACUAGCCAUUUUGCCCAUAAACAAAUUGUUUUAUUGCAAUAGUAUUUUUUAUUUUAUUAGUAUUCUAUUAAUGCUUUGUAUGCAACCUAUAGGGCCGCUGUAUGUAAAAAUGUGUGCUGCUUGGUUGUUUGAAUGAAUUGCCACUAUUGUGGUUUUAUUUCUGUGUUGCCAGUUUGAGGCCUCUUAUCCCCCCCAAAUCCUAACAAUGUUUUAUCAUACAGCAGCCUUGUUGGUUCUUAUCAGCAGACAAUUCUUCAGACUUUAUUGACUUUACGGUUAUCAGUCCGAGGUACUUCUGAGACAUGAUUAUCACUUUCUCAUCGUCAGCCUCUGACGACAGUGUCUUCUCCAGAUUGUGUCCUUGCCUCUUGCUGCAUGAUUACUUUAACAUAACAUUAGGCCUUAUCUUUUAAGCUGGUGUCCCGCACUGCAACUCAUGACAAAAGUGUGCAAUUAGACUAACUUAGUCAAGAACAAAACACCUUUUAGCUUCGGUUAACUUAACUUUAAUUUAUGGCCGUCAAGUCACUUUUCAAAAAUGAGAAAAAAAACCUGAUACUUCAACUUUAAUCUUGAUCAUUUUGUCUCAUGUCAUUGCUUUUAUUAUUUAUUCAGGAUACACAGAACCUGUAAAUUAACUCUGCAAACAAUGUUUAGCAUAAAAAAUACCUGCAUUUACAAUAUUUGUAAUAAACAGGGUUACAUGUAAA